UGACAUCCUCAGACAGUACCUCCCUUAAUUACCUCACCCACGCUGGGAGGAUGGUGUUGAGUGGCCUGUCCGAGCUCAACCAGCAGAUCAUGAUCCCACCCUGGACCAGGAGGACCCAGUCCUUGUUCAGCCUGUCAAACUGCAGCCAAGGUAUUACCUUACCCAUGCUGGGAACAUGCUGGUGAGAGAGCUGUCAGUAUUAAAUACACAGAUUUUCAUGAUGGAGCAGCCUACUUUCAUCUGUUUCACUCCUGUAGGGAGGAUGGUAUGGGAGGAACUGUCUUCUCAAACUGAACAGCCAAAUAGUGAAGACUCUGGUUUUCCCUAUGAGAAGAUGCAGCUGGUUGGGAACUGGGGUUCGUUUCAUUUCCAUACCUGGAUAAUCCGUUAUGGACGAGUGCAGCAAAAUGAAGAGGACAUGCAUCACCUGUGCAUUGUGAGGGGAGUGGAGAAACAGCUGUGGUGGAGCAGAGUCAUUCAGGAUAGAAUCCUGGACCCAUGGGGUAUUGUCCAGGUGGUCCUCACCAACAAGGAGGUCACUGGUAUUAAGUUCCUUGGUAGAAGGAUCCAUGGACUCAGGUCUUGCCUCGUCAAGAGGAGGUCAGAGUUCACCUAUUAUGAGGACGCCCAGCAGGUGGAUAUCUCCACCACAGUGGAGGGGUUCCAGGAGAGGGGGGAGGACAUGAUGGUGUAUCAGUUCUCUACCUCUGAAAUUAUCACCACCCCUCAUGAGCCGUCCUCUGGCUCCUCUCACCAGUUCCCUCAGGAUUCUCCACCUCCCCCUCCGCCUCCCCCGUUCCCUUCCGAUUCCCCUCCACCUUACCACUUCACCCAGGACCAGGCCCAGACCCCUGACAGCACUCCUCAGGAGUUUGUGGAGGAGCAACAUAAUGUUGCAGAUGUGCCCCAGCUGCGGAGUUACUUUGGAAACCAAGGGACAACCAACUUCUCUCUGAGGCUGGCUGGUAUCCGACGUGCUAUGGAGGCUCUGACAUCCUCAGACAGUACCUCCCUUAAUUACCUCACCCACGCUGGGAGGAUGGUGUUGAGUGGCCUGUCCGAGCUCAACCAGCAGGUAACCGUUCACAUAAUUGUACAGUAUUCAUCAGACCAGAUAUAUAGUUCCCACUGGGCACAGACGUCAUUUCAGCGUGUAGUUUUUAGUUACAUUUGGUUGAGUUGUCAACGAAUGUGAAUUCAAUGUGAAAUCAAUAAAACAAAUGUACCGUGUCAUUGGACUUAGGUUAAAAGUUGGGUGAAAAAAAUACUUUUUUCAAUUCCAAUCAGUUUUCCAUGUUGAUUCAACAUCAUCACAUUACAUUUUUUGUUGUUGAAAUGACAAGGAAACAACGUUGAUUCAACCAGUCUUUGCACAGUGGCUGACAUUUAGGAAACAGUGAUUCAUAAGGUUUAAUUGAAAAGUUCCAAUGUCUUACAAGCCAAACAAUCAGAGGCCCUCUGAAUUACAGACCUGAAUCUUUGAGUUUAUGAUCCAAGUUCUAAGGAAUUUUAUGAUUGUGUUGUUUUGAGGAUGUGAGGCUGUUUCAGCAGGCCUACGUGGUUGGACUCCAUCUUCAACCUCGAUGAGUCCAUCUAUAAAAGCCCAGCGAGGCUCUCGUGGCAGGUGAUGGUGAAUCUAGAAAUGCAGGUUAACUUCCUCCUGUCCAGCCUGGAUUAAGGGUCCCAAACUGAGUUGAGGAUCCCAAACACAAAAUAAAGUAUUUUGCAUUUAAACAUCUGUCCAUCUGAAACUAAUUUUACAUCAUGUCAAAACAAAUCAAAUCAAAUUGUUUUGGUCACAAACACAUGUUUAGCAGAUGUUAAUGCGAGUGUAGCGAAAUGCUUGCGCUUCUAGUUCCGACCGUGCAGUAAUAUCUAACAAGUAAUCUAACCAUUUCAAAACAACUACCUUAUACACACACAAGUGUAGUUUGGAGGGUACUAUGGUGUUAAAUGCUGAGCUGUAAUCGAUGAACAGCAUUCUUACAUAGGUAUUCCUCUUGUCCAGAUGGGUUAGGGCAGUGUGUAGUGUGAUUGCAAUUGCGUCGUCUGUGGACCUAUUGGGGCGGUUAACUUAUUGGAGUGGGUCUAAGGUGUCAGGUAGGGUGGAGGUGAUAUGAUCCUUGACUAGUCUCUCGAAGCACUUCAUGAUGACAGAAGUGAGUGCUACGGAGCGAUAGUCGUUUAGCUCAGUUACAUUAGCUUUCUUGGGAACAGGAAAAAUGGUGGCCCUCUUGAAGCAUGUGGGAACAGCCGACUGGAAUAGGGAUUGAUUGAAUAUGUCCGUAAACACACCAGCCAGCUGGUCUGCGCAUGCUCUGAGGACGCGGCUAGGGAUGCCUUCUGGGCCAGCAUCCUUGCGAGGGUUAAAACGUUUAAAUGUUUUACUCAAGUUGACUCCGGUGAAGGAGAGCCCGCAGGUUCUGGUAGUGGGCCGUGUCAAUGGCACUGUAUUGUCCUCAAAGUGAGCAAAGAAGUUGUUUAGUUUGUCUGGGAGCAAGACGUCGGUGUCCGCGACGGGGCUGGUUUUCGUUUUGUAAUCCGUGAUUGACUGUAGACCCUGCCACAUACGUCUCAUGUCUGAGCCAUUGAAUUGCGACUACUUUGUCUCUAUACUGACGCUUAGCUUGUUUGAUUGCCUUGCGUAGGGAAUAGCUACACUGUUUGUAUUCGGUCAUGUUUCCAGGCGCCUUGCCAUGAUUAAAAGCAGUGGUUUGCGCUUUCAGUUUUGCGCGAAUGCUGCCAUCAAUCCACGGUUUCUGGUUGGGUAAGGUUUUAAUAGUCAUCGUCGGUACAUCACCGACGCACUUGCUAAUAAACUCGCUCACCAAAUCAGCGUAUACAUCAAUGUUGUUGUCUGAUGCUAUCCGGAACACAUCCCAGUCCACGUGAUCGAAGCAAUGUUGAAGCGUGGAAUCAGAUUGAUCGGACCAGUGUUGAACAGAUGUGAGCAUGGGCGUUUCCUGUUUUAGUUUCUGUCUAUACGCUGGGAGGAACAAAAUGGAGUCGUGGUCAGAAUUGCCGAAAGGAGGGCGAGGGAGGGCUUUGUAUGCGUCGCGGAAUUUAUAGUAGCAAUGAUCCAGAAUGCUGCCAGCCCGGGUCGCGCAUUCGAUAUGCUGAUAAAAUUUAGGGAGCCAUGUUUUCAGAUUAGCUUUGUUAAAAUCCCCAGCUACAAUAAAUGCAGCCUCGGGAUAUGUGGUUUCCAGUUUACGUAGAGUCCAAUGAAGUUCUUUCAGGGCCGUCGAGGUGUCUGCUUGGGGGGGAUAUACACGGCUGUGAUUUAUAAUCAAAGAGAAUUCUUUUGGUAGAUAAUGAGGUCGGCAUUUGAUUGUAAUGAAUUCUAGGUCAGGUUUGAGUUCCUGUAUGUUGUUAUGAUCACACCACGACUCCUUAAUCAUAAAGCAUACACCCCCGCCCUUCUUCUUACCAGAGAGAUGUUUGUUUCUGUCGGCGUGAUGCGUGAAGAAACCGGGUGGCUGUACCGACUCUGAUAACCUAUCCCGAGAGUGCCAUGUUUCUGUGAAAUAGAGAAUGUUACAAUCUCUGAUGUAUCUCUGGUAGGCAACCCUUGCUCGAAUUUCGUCUACCUUGUUGUCAAGAGACUGGACAUUGGCGAGUAGUAUACUCGGGAGCGGUGAGCGAUGUGCCCAUCUACGGAGCCUGACCAGAAGACCGCUCCCUCUGCCCCUUCUUUGGCUUUGUUGUUUUGGGUCGCCUACUGGGAUCCGAUCCAUUGUCCUAGGUGGUGGUCCAAACAGAGGAUCCGCUUCGGGAAAGUCGUAUUCCUGGUCGUAAUGUUUGUAAGUUGACGUUGCUCUUAUAUCCAAUAGUUCUUCUGUAUGUAAUAAUGUGUCUGUUUUUUAUGACUGUUCAUGUUUUCUUUCUGCGUGCCUUUUGAUGUGUGUAUUUCUGUAAUUCAAGGCUCAUCUGUGUGUAAAAGAGACAUUGGCCUCAGUAUGACUCCCUGAUGACAUAAAAGUUAAUAAAUCUAAGGCUCCGAAUCAAUAGAUGUUUAACUUUACCCAGAGGCCAAAUCUGAAGGGACUAUGUCACGAACCGGCUCAAAGCCCGUAAAAAAAGGGAGACAAGCACAAAGAGAGAAUAUGGCAGACAGAGUGGGAGGGUUGUCACAACUAGUACAGAAAACAUACAGAUUACAUCACAUACAUAGUUAUAUAUGAACUGACUCAAUCAAUGUGCACGUUUAUCAAGAAGUCACAAGAUCAGAAACCCGGUCAUCUGAAGGUACUUGAUGUCUACUAUAAGACUAAAGGACAUUAGGUAACACUACUUUUCAGACAAGGCCUGAAAGCUAUGUCAUAAAGCUUUCUUUGUUAUAAUCAUGACAAAACAUUUUGUGACUUGAAGGAUAUUAUUUGAGAGAACAGUUUCCUUCACUUUGCAAGGAGCAAAUAUUUUAGGCAAGCAGCAAAUAUUUUUCAGUGUGGACUUUGGGAGAAAUAAGGUGAAGAAAUGUCAGAUCAUUUGUAUGCUAGUGAUAUUUUUCUUAACUCUGGAGACAGUCUGCCAGAGUCAACAAGAAACACCUAAAUACUGCACAGAAUUGGUAGUUUUGUACACAGUUCACUUAGAGAAAAAGUGCUAUCUAGACCCUAAAAGGGUUCUUCGGCUGUCCCCAUACGAGAACCCUUUGAAUAAAACUUUUGGCUCCAGGUAGAACCUUUUUGGGUUCCAUGUUCUCCCUGGAACCAAAAAGGGUUCUUCAAAAGGUUCUCGUAUGGGGACAGCCACAGAUCUCUUUUGGAACCCUUUCUUCUAAGAGUGUAGGCUACACACCUCAAACAUUGUUUUUAAAUGAUUACAAGAAAAGAGAUUUGAGAACACAAUACACUGUGAUCCAAUAUUAUUUUUAGACAUGUUCAUUCACAUCAUCAGGCAUGUUUUAUAGAUUGUCCUGUGGCUAGAAAAUGUUUUUGUUCAUCUGGUGCCAUCAAGAAAAAGUAGUACAGCUAAACAGCACAACUACAAUGGUAUACUGCAGCAUUUUAAUUAUGUAGAUUAAGAAGAUUACUUGAUUGUCACAGAGAAACAAGAGAAAUACAGUGAGCUCCAAAAGUAUUUGGACAAUGACAAUUGUUGUGUUAUUUUGGCUCUAUACUCCAGCAAUUUGAAAUUAAAUAAUGACUAUGAGGUUAAAGUGCAGACUGUCAGCUUUAAUUUGAGAGUAUUUUCAUCCAUAUCGGUCGAACCAUUACAAAAUUACAGCACUUUUUGUACAUAGUCCCCCCAUUAUAGGGGACCAAAAGUAUUUGGACAAAUUCACUUACUUCAGAAAGUAUUCAACCCCUUUAUUUUUUCCACAUUUUGUUGUGUUGCAGCCUGAAUUUGUAAUGGUUUAAAUGUAGAUUUUUGUGUCACUGGCCUACACACAAUACUCCAUAAGG